GUGCGGUUUAUGUAAGUAUACGUGUACGUGCGUGGAUGGCCAUGGUGCACUCAUGUGCCUGUCUGCUCGUUUUGACCACGCACUGCCUGCCUGCCUGCACUGGAUGGAUGGACUGGACGAGGGAGGACAGACAUCGCAGCUAUCGUAGCACACACAGGUCGGUCAGGUGUGUGUCUUUGUACACACACUGACCUGUAUGUGUGCCUUGUGCGACGUGAUGCAUGACGUGAUGUAUCUGACAAUGAGUGAAUGAAUGCCUCCCUCCCUCGCUCCCUUUUUGCACCCCGUGCAUGAGCGAUGUGUGUCAGCAUAUAUGUGUGUGUGUGGAUGGAUGGAUAGAUGGAUGGAUGGAUGGAUAGUGAUGAGUGAUUGACCUGUUUUGUUUUGUUUAUGUCCGGGGUAUGUCGAGCCAUGAAUGCCGAGGCAGACGGGUCCGGGAGAGGUGAGACAGAGAACAGCCAGGCGCUGAGGCUCGUCAUGCGUGCUGCUCUGAGUGAGUAGGGAAUCCGUAAAACUGAGUGCCUCCCACCCAAGCAAGAUCUUUCACUCGUAAGCAACAAGCAACCAAGGUUCCUGCGAUCGUUCUGUGUCAAGCCCCACCUGGACAACCACAACACCUGACCAAUGGGAUUCCACAGCCAGGCGUUCCGCCAAAGAAACGUGCUGGUCUACGACACCUCGUACGACGGUAACACACGAGAGGGCCUGAACGGACAGCCACCCCCCCGCAUGUGUGAGCCUUUUCUGUGUGUGGGGGAUGGGUGUUCAGGGACUUUCGUGGGGGAAGAUGGUCGAGCAAGUGCGUCCAGCUUUUCCAUGGGGGAUGGGUCACGUACCCAGAUAUUCAGACGGCAAUGGCCCAGGGGCCCCCCCAUGCCAUGAAGCAGCGCUCGUACAACUCCAAAGUCGAGGUUCUCCACUCAUUCAAAGGUGGGAGGGAGGGGAUAGAUAGACUGAGCACUGGCAGAGUCUGACCCCCUCCCCUCCCACACAAACACACACAACACAAGCACUGCUUCAUUUGUCUCUCCCUCCCCCGCCCUCCCCCUCACUAAACAGGUCAAUCGUUCUGCCUGGCCUUCACCAGCGAGCCAAGUAGGCUGCUUCUGAAUCACAGUUUCGCCAGAGAGGCAAGGAGGGCCAGUGAGUGUCACACUUAUUUCUCUUGGUCUCGCCAGAUCUGCCCAAGCUCGUGUUCGCGUUUGGGACGGAAAAGGCGAUGAACGAGGCCCUCAUCCGCGAAGUGGACUAUCAACAGGGACUCAUGGAGAUGAUGAACCCUCGCGGCUAUGACCGCAGCACUGACACGUAAGGCAGAACCUCUCCCUCCCCCUCCCCACUGCCGUCACUCACACACACUCCUUGGAUCUGCAUGUGGGUCUCUUUCUGUGAUGGAUGGAUGGAUGGAUAGGUACAACAACUCCUUGGCUUCGGGUUUGACCUCGCCCCGCUCCAAUAAGACGACGCUCGUGAUGCGCCCUGUCGAGCCCAGCCUCGACAAGAGCCCCAGCGGUGCGGCGGCAACGGCGGCUGCAGCGGGCAGUGUUGCCGACGACGUCAAGCAAGAGAAGGAGGAGAAGCCGGUCGGCGAGUCCAAGGACACGCAGACGGAGGCCGUCAAGACUGGGCCCACCGUCAAGGAAGCCACAUAGGAGAUGAUCAAGGGAGACGAUGAGAAGCAAUACGUCAAGAAGGCCGACAUCGACAGUGAGUGACACGCAGGAGAAACGGCACAAAGACAAUCUGAUCACAUCACUUGUCUUCUCGCUUGCCCCUUCUCCUUUUUUCCUUCAGAUCUGAAGAAGCUGAGUGGUGAGUUGACGAAGUGCAUCGCGGCCAUCGUGAAGACACCGGCCGUCACGGCAACCCCGACACUGCCCAAGUCGAUCUGGACGGACAUCACCAACAAACCCACCACCACCACAACAGCCACCACUUCCACCACCGCCACCAAGGGCGCUCGUCGACCGCCACUGCUCCUGCUGCUGCUGCCGCCGCCCGGGCCCAAGAGGGACCUGCCCCUGCUGCCGCUUCGGCGACGAGCACCACCACCACCACCACCGGCCGCCAGGUUCGAUUUCCUUAUCAAGUGCCUUAUCAAGUGGAAUCUGUGGGGUGAAGCGCGGCCCCAGCCAGUCGGAGGGGGGGCUGGGGAUGUGUCUGUUGGGAUCGGGCCACAAGUGAGUCAAUCAAGAGUGGCCGGCACGAACGAAUCUUUUUCUGUCUGGCUGCCUGCCUGCCUGUAUGGUCCUGUGUGAUUGAUACUGAUCGAUGUGAUGGCUGAAUGUGUGUGGUUGGCUGGCGUGCCAUGCUGUGCUUUGCUGGGCGGUGGGAGAGUGUGGUGAUGGCAUUGUCAGUUGGUGUGUAAAGGCGCUAUAGCUACCAUAGCGAUAGGGAGUACGGUACAGAAGCAGUCAGUACAGUGCAGCACUUUUGCCCGACCCAUCAACGGUUCAGCCAACGAAUCAGUCAGUCAGUCAGUCGGCAGUUUUUGAGUGGGUGAGGGAGUGAGAGCCUUUGAGGCAAGCCAUCGGUUGCGUGCUGAGGGCCUCUCACUUCACCUGUGUGGAUGGAUGGAUGGAUGGAUUCGACAGGUACCUUCUUGAACGUGCGUGAGUAUGGAUGUUAUCUGCUGUUCUCCAGGGCCUGUGUGUUUUUUGGUUCAUCGUCUGGCUGUCCACCGGCCUGUCUGUCUGCCUGCCUGCCUGGCUGCUUGCCUGGCUGCCUGUCUGUCUGCCGCUAGUCAGAGUUGCUCUCUCCUGUGCGCACAUCCGUCCGUCGGCCGCAAGGAAGGAAGAAAGAAGAAAAGAGCACAACGGACGGCAGCUCAGAACAGAACAAAACAGAACACACACAGAGUCAGAAUGAGGCAGAGUGACAACGAUCGUCGGACGAGUGAGUGAACAACCAGACUCAGACUCGAUCUCGAUCUCUCUCUCUCUCGAGAGGACUUUUUCGUUAUGGCAAUCGAUGGCCAUGCC